UGGAGGGCGCGAAGCGGGAAUUGGAAGGGCAAAGUUCUUCUUCCUGAAUUCGUUCUACUCUCUCUCGAGCAUCCCAAUUCAUCUGUUCGAACAUUCUAUGGCGUCUUCUUCAGGCAGCAGUAGCAACUACGACAUUCCAUGGGUGGAGAAGUACAGGCCCAACAAGGUCACCGACAUUGUGGGUAAUGAAGAUGCAGUUUCUCGUCUCCAAGUCAUUGCUCGGGACGGCAACAUGCCCAAUCUCAUAUUAUCUGGUCCGCCAGGAACUGGGAAGACAACCAGUAUUUUGGCUCUUGCUCAUGAGCUCUUGGGACCAAAUUACAAGGAGGGUGUUCUGGAGCUUAAUGCAUCAGAUGAUAGGGGAAUAGAUGUCGUGAGGAACAAAAUCAAGAUGUUUGCUCAAAAGAAAGUAACAUUGCCUCCUGGUCGACACAAAGUGGUAAUAUUGGAUGAAGCUGACAGCAUGACAACUGGAGCACAACAAGCUUUGAGGCGUACAAUGGAAAUUUAUUCAAACACAACACGUUUUGCCCUUGCAUGUAAUACCUCCUCAAAAAUUAUUGAGCCUAUUCAGAGUAGAUGUGCAAUUGUCCGAUUUUCAAGAUUAACAGAUCAAGAGAUUCUUGGGCGCCUUAUGGUGGUGAUUCAGGCAGAAAAGGUACCCUAUGUUCCAGAAGGUCUUGAAGCAAUCAUUUUCACUGCUGAUGGUGAUAUGAGGCAGGCGCUGAAUAAUUUGCAAGCUACACAUAGUGGAUUCCGCUUUGUAAACCAGGACAAUGUUUUCAAGGUUUGCGAUCAACCACAUCCGCUGCAUGUGAAGAAUGUGGUACGCAAUGUGCUUGAAGGUAAAUUUGAUGAUGCUUGUACAGGCCUGAGGCAACUCUACGACUUAGGCUAUUCCCCCACUGACAUAAUAACCACUCUUUUCCGAAUCAUUAAGAACUACGAUAUGGCCGAAUAUCUGAAACUGGAAUUCAUGAAGGAAACUGGGUUUGCCCAUAUGAGAAUCUGUGAUGGUGUCGGUUCUUACCUUCAACUAUGUGGUCUUUUGGCCAAGCUUUCCAUGGUUCGUGAGACUGCAAAAGCACCAUGAGUAGUCAACAUGUAGAGGCUGCUUAAAUUUGGCUCACAGGAGGUAGUAUGAAUGUAAACAUCUGUGUUCCUUAGGAUAUUAACUAUAUUUUUGUAAGAUGUAGUCAGAUUGAGCUCAAAAUUUAUCACGUUACUUACUAUAUCGUCUUGCUAAAGUUUUAGGCCAAUGGCAAUCUUGUCAAGGUUUUCCUCCCCACCCCCACCCACCUAGUAAUAGGUACAAACAAGCCUUAACAUGCUCAUUAUUCACUAUUGUUAAAAGCUUUUGGUUUCAAAUGUCAAGCUCUAAUGCUAUGUUCUGUAUUUUCGA